UUAUUUUUUUUUGCCGCUCCUUAAGCCCCCACCAAAAUGGUUUUGAAAUUCAUUCAAAUCUUUUUUUUAUAAUUUUUAUUACAAGCUUCACCAAUUACCAAUGACUUCCAAAACUUAUGAUAAUAUAGCAGUAGUAUUAGAAUCUUCAAAGGAUGAUGUUGAUGUUGAAAAGCAAGAGUUAGGAGUGGCUGAUCAGUAUUCACAAAUUCCAAAGAGAAGAAGGGGCCUCAUAAUAUUUAUUGUAACACUUGCUGGGUUCUUAGGACCACUAGCAGGUAACAUAUAUAUUCCUCUUUUGCCUUUAUUUCAGGAUAUCUAUCAUGUUUCUGCUAUUUCAAUUAAUGGUACCGUCUCCAUAUUUAUGGUUACUUUUGCUUUUGCUCCACUUAUAUGGGCUAGUUGGGCUGAUUUUGGUGGAAGAAAAUUUCUUUAUCUAAUUUCGAUAUUAAUUUUCAUCUUAGCUAAUAUUUUACUUGCUACAGUUCCUACCAAAAUUGGAGCCUUGUACUUUCUUAGAAUUGUUCAAGCUUUUGGUGCAUCAAGUGUCAUGUCUUUGGGAGCGGGAACCGUUUCCGAUAUCAUUCCGCCAAAGAAUAGAGGAAAAUUCAUUUCAAUAUUUAUGAUUGGGCCACAACUAGGUCCCAUUAUUGGUCCUUUAUUUAGUUCAAUUGGAAUAGAAGACAGAUGGAGAUGGGUAUUUGGAUUCCUUGCCAUUCUUGGAUUUCUUGUUUUCUUGAUUAUCUUAUUCUUAUUACCAGAAACUUUGCGUUGUUUAGUAGGAGAUGGAUCUGUUUAUCAAAAUAGUUCAUGGUUUACAUGCCCUCAAUGGAAACAAGAGAAAAUUAUUCCGGACAGUCCUAAAUUCCCUAAACCCCCUAAACCUAGUGUAAAGCUUCUUUUGAAAUCAUUGAAAUACAAACCAGUUCUACUUUGCUCUUUAAAUGGAGGAAUUUUGUUUGCAGCCUUUUACGGUUUAAGUGUUAGUUUCUCAAGAAUAUUGAAAAACAACUACGGAUUUUCUGAGCUUCAUGUGAGUCUCUCCUUCAUGUGCCCUGGAGCGUCUUUGGUUGCUGGUUCUUUAGCUGGGGGCUGGUUUUCCGAUAGGAUGUGUCAACGGAGAAUUAAAAACUCGCAAAACGUAUUACCUGAGCAUCGUUUUUCGCUACAAUUAAUUGGCAUACUUGUUUCUAUGUGUGGUAUGGUAGGUUACGGUUGGUGUAUACAGAGGCACAAUCAUGUGUUAGCUAUUUUUAUUUUUGCUUUUUUGUCUGGUUUUGGUAUGACAUGGGUGUUUGUAUCAAAUACUACUUAUUUAACAGAGUGCUCAGACGGACAACCGGCUACUAAUGUGGCUAUAGGAAAUAUGAUGAGAAAUUUGGCUGCAGCCGUAUCGUCAGUCAUAAUAGAGCCUUUAAUUGAGAAGAUGGGUUAUGGUUGGUGCUUUACCGGAUUCGCAUUUACUUAUAUUAUUGGAAUUGUUUUGGUAAUUAUAUUGCUCAAAUACGGUCCUAAAUGGAGAGAGCAAUAUAUUCAAAAUAAGCGCACAUCUAAAUAAAAAAAAUAUAAAAAAAGUUAAGGGGUAGAAAUAAGCUAAAAUGUGCGCAAUUUUGCACCCCUAAUUAAAAAAUGCAAAGGCUAAAAUUACUCUCAUCAAUUAAGUAAUUGAGCAAAUAUUUAACUUAUUCAAUACUAUUAUAACUAAUAUAAAAAGUAAAUUAUAAUUCAGAAAUUAUUAAAAUCAUUUUUAACUAAGAAUAUUUGUAGACAGAGAUGAGAAAUAUAAAUAAGUCAAUUUCAAAACAAGAUGAUACUUUGGUGGUCUCAGAAACCAACUGCGAAAUAAGUACUGAUGAAUCG